GAUAUGCAAUACGAUGAAGACGAUGACGAGAUCACCCCCGACCUGUGGCAGGAGGCGUGCUGGAUUGUCAUUAGCUCCUAUUUUGAUGAAAAAGGUUUAGUCAGGCAACAGUUGGAUUCUUUUGAUGAAUUUAUUCAGAUGUCUGUGCAGAGAAUUGUUGAAGAUGCUCCACCAAUUGAUUUACAAGCAGAAGCCCAGCAUGCCACAGGAGAAGUGGAAGAACCGCCCCGGUAUCUCCUGAAGUUUGAACAAAUCUAUCUCUCCAAACCUACACAUUGGGAAAGAGAUGGAGCACCGUCGCCUAUGAUGCCCAAUGAAGCCAGGCUGAGAAACCUUACGUAUUCAGCCCCCUUAUAUGUGGAUAUAACUAAAACAGUUAUUAAAGAAGGGGAGGAUCAGUUACAGACACAACAUCAGAAAACUUUUAUAGGAAAAAUUCCUAUUAUGUUACGAUCAACGUACUGUUUGUUAAAUGGCUUAACUGACCGUGAUCUUUGUGAACUGAACGAAUGCCCUCUGGAUCCGGGUGGCUAUUUUAUCAUUAAUGGAUCAGAAAAGGUUCUGAUUGCUCAAGAAAAAAUGGCUACAAACACAGUAUAUGUGUUUGCAAAAAAAGAUUCCAAAUAUGCCUACACGGGAGAGUGUAGAUCUUGUCUGGAAAAUUCCUCGCGACCAACAAGUACUAUAUGGGUUAGCAUGCUAGCCAGAGGUGGGCAGGGUGCAAAGAAGAGUGCUAUUGGUCAGCGCAUUGUAGCAACGUUGCCAUAUAUCAAACAAGAAGUGCCAAUCAUAAUUGUCUUUCGUGCACUUGGGUUUGUGUCUGACAGGGACAUUUUAGAGCACAUCAUUUAUGAUUUUGAAGAUCCAGAAAUGAUGGAAAUGGUUAAGCCUUCUCUGGAUGAAGCCUUUGUCAUUCAGGAGCAAAACGUUGCUCUGAACUUCAUUGGAUCAAGAGGUGCAAAGCCAGGUGUCACCAAGGAGAAGAGAAUCAAGUACGCUAAGGAAGUCCUGCAGAAAGAAAUGCUUCCACAUGUUGGUGUCAGUGACUUCUGUGAAACCAAGAAGGCCUAUUUUCUAGGGUAUAUGGUUCAUAGAUUGUUGUUGGCUGCACUGGGCAGAAGGGAGCUUGAUGACAGAGAUCAUUAUGGCAACAAAAGGCUGGAUCUUGCUGGGCCACUGCUGGCUUUUCUGUUCAGAGGAAUGUUUAAGAAUUUGCUGAAGGAAGUGAGAAUAUAUGCACAAAAGUUUAUUGACAGAGGGAAGGAUUUCAACUUGGAGCUGGCAAUUAAAACGAGAAUUAUUUCUGAUGGUUUGAAAUAUUCACUGGCCACUGGAAACUGGGGUGAUCAGAAGAAAGCUCAUCAGGCCAGAGCAGGUGUAUCUCAGGUGUUAAACCGCCUGACUUUUGCAUCAACACUUUCCCAUCUGAGACGCCUGAAUUCUCCAAUUGGUAGAGAUGGAAAGCUAGCAAAGCCCAGGCAGCUGCACAAUACGCUGUGGGGAAUGGUUUGCCCAGCUGAGACUCCAGAGGGUCACGCAGUAGGACUUGUGAAGAACUUAGCCCUGAUGGCUUACAUUUCUGUGGGGUCUCAGCCAUCCCCAAUUUUGGAAUUCUUGGAAGAGUGGAGUAUGGAAAACCUGGAAGAAAUAUCUCCAGCAGCAAUCGCAGAUGCUACCAAGAUUUUUGUUAAUGGCUGCUGGGUAGGAAUACACAAAGAUCCAGAGCAGCUUAUGAAUACCCUAAGGAAGCUCCGUCGUCAGAUGGAUAUAAUUGUGUCAGAGGUCUCAAUGAUUAGGGAUAUUCGUGAGCGAGAAAUCCGCAUCUAUACUGAUGCAGGCAGAAUUUGCCGACCUCUUCUAAUUGUGGAAAAGCAGAAGUUGCUGUUGAAGAAAAGGCACAUUGACCAACUGAAGGAACGAGAGUAUAACAAUUACAGUUGGCAGGACCUUGUGGCCAGUGGUGUAGUAGAGUACAUCGAUACACUGGAAGAAGAGACUGUGAUGCUGGCCAUGACUCCAGAUGACUUGCAGGAGAAGGGUGUUGCAUAUUGUUCAACAUAUACCCACUGUGAGAUUCACCCAUCCAUGAUCCUGGGAGUGUGUGCAUCUAUUAUUCCUUUCCCCGAUCACAACCAGUCUCCUAGGAACACAUACCAGUCUGCUAUGGGUAAACAGGCAAUGGGAGUCUACAUUACAAACUUCCAUGUUCGUAUGGACACGCUGGCCCAUGUUCUGUACUAUCCUCAGAAGCCCCUUGUAACAACACGCUCCAUGGAGUACUUGCGAUUCAGAGAGUUACCAGCAGGUAUCAAUUCAAUCGUAGCCAUUGCAUCAUAUACAGGCUAUAACCAGGAAGAUUCUGUCAUCAUGAACCGUUCUGCUGUUGACAGAGGCUUCUUCAGAUCUGUGUUCUAUCGCUCCUACAAAGAGCAAGAGUCCAAAAAAGGAUAUGACCAAGAGGAAGUUUUUGAGAAGCCUACCCGUGAGACUUGUCAAGGUAUGAGACAUGCAAUCUAUGACAAACUUGAUGACGAUGGUUUGAUUGCACCUGGAGUACGUGUGUCUGGGGACGAUGUCAUCAUUGGCAAAACAGUAACUCUGCCAGAAAACGAAGAUGAACUGGAAAGCACUAACAGGCGCUUCACCAAGAGAGACUGUAGCACUUUUCUGCGAACUAGCGAGACUGGUAUUGUAGAUCAGGUCAUGGUAACUCUUAACCAGGAAGGAUACAAGUUCUGCAAGAUCAGGGUUCGGUCUGUGAGAAUCCCUCAAAUAGGAGAUAAAUUUGCCAGCAGGCAUGGUCAGAAAGGAACCUGUGGUAUCCAGUACAGGCAAGAGGAUAUGCCCUUCACCUGUGAAGGCAUCACACCAGAUAUCAUCAUUAACCCUCAUGCCAUCCCUUCCCGCAUGACCAUUGGUCACUUGAUUGAAUGUCUUCAGGGGAAGGUAAGAAGAAUGUUUUAUGCUGCAUGUUUUAAGGAAUAUGAGUUAAUAUACAUAUAUAUAUAUAUAUAUAUAUAUAUA